CCUUCCAAUCCCCUUAGACUCCUCGUUCCGAAACUUUAAUACACAUUUUAGUUUGCGCGAGGGGUUUAAGCUAUUUGUUCUAUCGGAUUUUAUUGUUUUAAUUUCCAUUUCUUUUGAAUUUUAGGGAAAUAAGGAGGAUCAUUUCAUAAAUCAAUUCAAAGAAAAGAGGAAAAAAAUAACUACUGGUAGUCAAUCAAUUGAUUGAUUGAAUACCAGUAGUUAAUUAAAAAAAAAAAAAAAAACUUAAUAGAAUUAAUGGCUGGAAUAAUGAAUAAGUUGAAGAAACUCGACGCCUACCCUAAGAUCAACGAGGAUUUCUACAGCCGUACACUUUCUGGUGGCAUUAUCACUAUCGUCUCCUCCGUUGUUAUGCUCUUGCUCUUCUUUUCCGAGCUCCAACUAUAUCUUCAUGCUUCGACUGAAACGAAGCUUGUGGUGGACACUUCAAGAGGGGGAACUCUACGCAUCAACUUUGAUAUCACAUUUCCUCAUCUUGCAUGCUCAAUCCUAAGCGUUGACGCAAUGGACGUAAGUGGAGAGGAACACCUUGACGUGAAACAUGAUAUAUUCAAGAAACGGGUAGAUGCACAUGGCAAUGUUAUAGAAUCAAGGAAAGAUGGAAUUGGUGCUCCCAAGAUUGAAAAGCCUUUACAGAGGCAUGGUGGCAGGCUCAAGCACAAUGAGGAGUACUGUGGUUCAUGUUAUGGGGCAGAAGAGGCUGAUGAUGAUUGUUGCAACUCCUGUGAUGAAGUUCACCAUGCAUACAAAAAGAGAGGUUGGGGUUUGCCAUACCUUGAUUUGAUCGACCAGUGCAAGAGAGAGGGUUUUCUUCAGCAGAUUAAGGAUGAAGAAGGUGAGGGUUGCAAUAUAUAUGGCUCUUUAGAAAUCAAUAAGGUGGCAGGGAAUUUUCAUUUUGCACCUGGGAAAAGCUUUCAGCAAUCAAAUGUUCAUGUACAUGACUUUCUAGCAUCAUUUCCAAAGGACAGUUAUAAUCUAAGUCACAAGAUCAAUAGAUUAGCUUUCGGAGAUUACUUUCCAGGGGCCAUGAAUCCUCUUGAUAGUGCUGAAUGGACACAAGAACAACCAAAUGGGAUGUUCCAGUACUUUAUCAAGGUUGUACCGACGGUGUACACUGAUGUGACUGGACACACUAUCCAGUCUAAUCAGUUCUCCGUAACAGAGCAUUUUAAGGCUGCAGAAGUAGGCCAGCUUCAAUCCCUUCCUGCAGUUUACUUCUUUUACGACCUUUCUCCUAUCAAGGUGACUUUCACGGAGCAGCAUGUCUCAUUCCUGCAUUUCCUAACAAAUGUUUGUGCUAUUGUUGGAGGUGCUUUUGCAGUGGCGGGAAUGUUUGACUCUUUUAUAUACCAUGGUCAGAAGGCAAUCAAGAGGAAGAUUGAACUUGGCAAACUCAGUUAAUGAUCAAAUCCAGUGACAUGGUAUUGCUGCAUUUUCUUGUUCCGGUAACAGGAGCUAGACGAAAAUUCGAACCGAGAGAGGGCCACACCAACGUAUGUACAUCUGUUUAUUCGAUAUCAUAACUGAAAAAUUUUGUUCCACCUUCCAUAGAUGAAAUUUACUGAUUUCAUACUUCAUUUACUGAGUUUUAGUUGUGUUUGAGGCUGCCCGAAACCACAG